CGUUCCCUUGGGCAUGUUGCUUAAUAGCGCAACUGCGGAAUUGAAAUAGCGCUCCUGUUGCCGGAGUUUUCUCAAGCUCGCCAGCAUCUCGCGCACCGCAGCUUUUGGGCAGGUGCUCCUUUCUGCGCGUUUGAAGACGGUACCAUGCGGGAUCGGGAAUCAAACACCAAAAGGCUGUAAAGACCUUCUGGAAUCCGACAAUUACGCAGAGAUGGGAUCCCUGGUGAGAUCCCGUUGGCUUAUGAUCCCCCUGCUCGUGCAGGCCUGGCUCCUGGCUUCCCAAGGCAGAGUCAGAGAGAAACCGUGUCCCCGAAGUUGCAGAUGUGAUGGCAAAAUAGUGUAUUGCGAGUCCAAUGCCUUCCGUGACGUGCCAAAUAAUGUGUCCAUAGGAUGCCAGGGCCUCUCUCUGCGUUACAACAGCUUGGUGAACCUUAGGGCUGGUCAGUUUGCCAACCUCGGUCAGCUGGUUUGGCUAUACCUUGACCACAACUACAUCAAUGCAGUGGACAAGCAAGCCUUUCAGGGUGUUCGAAGACUAAAGGAGUUGAUCCUGAGCUCCAACAAGAUCAUGCAUUUGGAAAAUAGCACCUUUCAUUCAAUCCCCAAUUUACGCAAUCUGGACCUUUCCUACAACAAAUUGCAAGUCUUGCAGCCUAAUCAGUUCCAAGGAUUGCGCAAACUGUUGAGUCUCCACAUCAGAUCAAAUUCCCUCAAGACGGUUCCCAUGCGAGUGUUUCAGGAUUGUCGAAAUCUAGAGUUCCUCGAUUUGGGCUACAAUCGACUGAGGAGUCUUACCCGUAAUGCUUUUGCAGGACUUCUCAAACUGACCGAGUUACACUUGGAACACAACCAAUUCUCAAAGAUCAAUUUCUCUCAUUUCCCAAGGCUGAACAACCUCCGGGCUCUGUAUCUGCAAUGGAAUCGUAUAAAGUCAAUAACCCAGGGGAUAACAUGGACCUGGACCUCUUUGCAAAAGCUGGAUCUCUCUGGGAAUGACCUGAAGUUGUUGGAUUCAAUCAUCUUCCAGUGUCUCCCGAAUUUGCAGACUCUUAAUCUGGAUUCCAAUAAGCUUACCAAUGUGUCUCAAGAGGCCAUAGCUGCUUGGAUCUCUCUUACUACAAUCAGUCUUGCAGGAAAUAUCUGGGAAUGUAGCCCCAGCCUUUGUCCCCUUGUUGCCUGGUUGAGAAACUUUAAAGGGAACAAGGAGACCACUAUGAUUUGUGCUGGACCAAAGGAAGUUCAAGGUGAGAAGGUAAUUGAGGCCGUUGAAACAUAUGGCAUCUGUAAGAUAACCCCGACCCCUUACAUGCUAAUGUCCUCGACUGUAAAUUCUCCAUCCAAGUCUGGACAUUUGCCCCUGCCCACUAUGUUUCGGGUGAAUGAAAAAAUAACCCGCCACAAUCCCAUUGCUCCUACCCCAACAGUAGUGUACCCACCUGUCCCUGAGCAAGACUUUGAGCAUGUUUCUUUCCACAAGAUAAUAGCCGGCAGCGUCGCUCUCUUCUUAUCCGUGGCCAUGAUCUUGCUAGUGAUCUAUGUUUCCUGGAAGCGAUAUCCCAGCAGCAUGAAGCAGUUACAGCAGCAUUCCAUGGUGAGAAAACGCCGGAAAAAGGCCCGGGAGACAGAGAGAACCCUCAGUUCCCCGCUUCAGGAAUAUUAUGUGGACUACAAACCCACAAACUCUGAGACCAUGGACGUACUUGUCAAUGGGACAGGACCCUGUACCUACACCAUCUCCGGCUCCCGAGAAUGUGAGGCUCCUCAACAGAUGGGCACAUUGGCAUUCUACAGAUACGAGCAGCCCAUCGUAGACUACUGCCAGGCUCACCAGCCCUUGCAUAUGAACCGGCGCUUUGAGCCCCCCUCACAGACCCUCGAGGGGCUGGGGGCACGAGAACGCCGUGCCGUCCCUUCCGCUGGCCUACAUCCUUCCGUGCCUGCAGCCCCUCUCUCAGAUAUCCGCACCUUGCCACAGUGAGCCGGAUAUAGACUCGCCCACCGCUGCUGUCGUCUUUGUCCCUGGAGGGCGUACGGUCUACCCCCACACGAACCCAAACAAGUCAGGAACAGAGAUAUAUGGGCCAGUGUGACAGACUAUGAACUCUGAGGAGUGCAUCGAUCUUUGUCGCGAACUGGAUUAAGGCGCAUUUCUCAUGAGUCAAUGCGAUUUGGAAUAAUUUAAUGGGAUAAUCUUCGGAGAAAAAGAACAAAACUUUUAUGCUUUGUCUCCUAGUAGGUUUUUGCGUUAUUUGUGCCCAUCCUCAAUACAAUUGUGACAUAGUUUUUGAACCAUCCUGCUAAAGUGGAAAUGUUGCAGUUGAGAAAUAAAUA